GGACACAGGGGCCGCCCCGGAGCGCUGGGAGAGCCUGGAAAACCAGGAGAGACUGGCCCCAAGGGUGACAUCGGCGCCUCCGGAGAGCAGGGGAUCCCCGGUCCCCCGGGGGACCCUGGUGACAAAGGAGAGCUGGGUGGCCGCGGUGUCAGGGGACCCCAAGGUGACAUCGGCGCCAAGGGGGACAACGGUCUCCCGGGCAUCGACGGCAAGGAUGGAACCCCGGGGAUCCCGGGGCUCAAGGGUGGCACAGGACAGCCCGGACGCCCGGGGACGCCGGGACACCGGGGACAAGCCGGAUUGCCGGGCCAGCCGGGCAGCAAAGGUGGCCCUGGUGACAAGGGUGAGCCGGGUCCUCGGGGCCACCCCGGUGCCAGCGGCGCCCCAGGACAGCUCGGGCCGAAGGGCGAGCAGGGCCCGCCGGGGGUCCCGGGACCCCAAGGAUUGCCGGGGGUCAAAGGGGACAAGGGUUCACCGGGGAAAAUUGGCCCCAAAGGCAGCGUCGUGAGUGAAUCCUGGGGUGACCCCGGUGUGCACGGGCUGGCGGGGCUCAAGGGAGACAAGGUGGGCGCUGCUUCUGGAACCUUCCGGGGCUUCUGUCUCCCGGGGAUCCCUGGCCACGCUCUGGAUGGCCGUGCGGGCGAUCGGGGCGCUGUGGGGUGGCCGGGGGAGCCGGGCAAGCCGGGCUCUCCGGGUCCCGCGGGCUUGCCCGGGUUCUGCGAGCCGGCCGCGUGUCUCGGAGCCUCGGCCUACGCGGCCGCGCGCCUGCCGGAGCCGGGGGCUGUCAAAGGACCCCUGUACUGAGAGAUCCCGAGGGAAACA